AUGAGCCAUCACGGCUCCUCGUCGGCCAACAGCACGGCCACUGGCACAUGUCAGAUGGAGAUGCUCUGGAACUGGAGAAUUGUAGACUCCUGCUUCAUCUCCAGCUCAUGGCACAUCCGCAACAAUGCCAUGUUCGCCGCCAGCUGCGUCGGCACCGUCCUGCUCGUCGUCUGUCUCGAGUUCCUCCGCAGAGUCGGGCACGAAUAUGAUGCCCAUCUCCUCCGCCAAUUCCAACGCCAACUCCGCUCACAGCAAGCUGCAUUGGCUGCAGCAACACCUGCCAACUGCUGCGAUGGCCCCAGCUCCACGCUCGGUACCCAAUUCGCGACAUUCAGAGCCACUGGACUCCAGCAACUCGUCCGUGGAAUCAUCCACGCCAUCACGCUCGGGGUUGCCUAUCUAGUCAUGUUGCUUGUCAUGUAUUACAAUGGCUACAUCUUCAUCUCAGUGCUUUUAGGCGCGGUCUUGGGCAAGUUUUUGUGCGACUGGAUGGUAGUAAGAAUACCGUAUGGCGAGGCGGGUGGUGAGAAAGAUGAAAGGCGUACGUCGGUCGAAGCGUCAGGGCCGACUGGUUGCUGUGCCUGA